GGCUAGGAAUCUGUGUCAGAAUUUAUCAGCGUACCACAGAAUUGUUUUUCCUCCUUGGGGACCAGGCUGAUUGGCAAUUUAAAAGAGAGAGAGACACACACAAACACACACGCACUAAACAGCUGAGAGAUUAUCACAGGGCUCACACAGAGCGUCGCUGCAAGACCUGAAACAUAAAAGAAGCUCCUGGGUUUGUUCUUAAUACUUGUCUUCUCCCAAACCCCUCCAUUGACUCCGUCUACACUUCCCUCGGGAAAGCAGCUGACGCAAGCAAAGACCCCUUCCACCUCAAUCGUUCUCUCUUCUCUCUCCCUGUUGGGCAGAAGAUACAAAAGCUUGAGAGCACGUACCACCAGGCUCAAGGACAGCUUCUAUCCUGUUGUUAUCAGACUCUUGAACGGACCUCUCAUACACUAAAAGGAUGUCGGUGUCAAUGUGACGGUCAACAUUUAUUCCCUAUCCCACAUUGCCCUUGGAUCGAGUGGCUUGCCAGACUAUUUGAGAGGGCAGUUACGAGUCAACCACGUUGUUGUGGGUCUGUAUCACAUACAGGUCAAACCAGAUUUAUGGAUAAGGAUGGCAGCUGAUUUCCACUCUGCAAGCUUCUCUUCCUUUGCCAGUGGAGUCACCACAUUAUGAAGCUCCAAGCUUCAUCUCGCUGACCACUCCAGCCUAGAACCUCACUGCAAUGUGGAGCUGCAUUCAGGGGAACCUUGGACCCAACGGCACACUCUGUGGAGAUGACCUCUGCCAGAACGUUGGCCUGAUCCUGUCCGUUGCCUCGACGGCCUACCUCGUCGUCUGCUUCCCCCUCGGCCUCAUCUUCAAUGUCCUCGUCCUCGUCGUCAACCUUCGCCACAAGCUGUCCAUCAACAUGCCGGACGUCUACUUCACCAACAUGGCGCUGGCUGGCUUGAUACUUAACCUGGUGGCCUUCCUGCAACUUCUCAGCCCCGACCACCUCCUGUGGCCAGUGUGGGCUUUCGGCCGAGAGGUCUGCAUGGGCUCCUUCAUCCUGUUCAACAUGGCAGCCCUGGUGAGCAUCUACUCGGCCACGUUGCUGAGCCUGGACUGUUUUAUUGAGAGAGCCUUGCCCCACACCUACAUGUCCAGCGUCUACAACACCAAGCACGUCUGCAGCUUCGUCUGGGGGGGCGCCGCGCUGGCGAGCUUCUCCUCCCUUCUCUUCUACAUCUGCAACAAGAUCUCCGACCAGACCCACGACUGUGCGCGGCUCCAGACCAAGGAACUGGGGGAUGCCAUCAUGUUCUUCACCGGCUUCCUGGUGCCCGCCGUGGGAGUGGGCUGUGCGCUCUGCCUCAUCCUGCGGAAACGCCCGCCGCUCCGGCUGACGGAGCCUCCCCAGCCUGAGCCCUCGGGCCAGCGGCUCCUCCUGGCCACCGUCCUGGUGCAGUUUGCCCUCUGGCUGCCCUACAACCUGGCGCUGCUGGUGAGCACUGCCCACUUUGUGACCAGUGCCGAGGGCAGCGGCCGCUUCGCCAGCCAGCUUCACUUCCUGAGGGGAGCGUGCGAACUCCUGGCGUACCUGAGCACCUGCGCGGUGCCCAUGCUCUACAAGUACCUGCAGAAGACCUUCGACACCAGGCUCAAGCUGGUUAUCCAGGAUGUGCGGUGUGGGGUAAAGGGCAGCGUGGGCGUCCAGGUCGAGGUGCACCAGCAACACGUGGUGACUGUCUCAGGGGCGGAGAUCUCCCAUGAAUGAGCUUGCAUAUGUCCCCACCCCACCACCCCCCCCCCCCCCCCCCCCUCGCGGGCAGGCUCGUGAUCCUGAUUCCAUCCCUCCAGGAUAUCACUGCCUCUGCUCCAUCCACGUCCACGCACCUCGUCGGGGAAGACUGCGCCCUCACUUCACACCACUCAUCAACCCGAAACAAUGCUCUUCAAAGCCAAUGAAUCACUUCACUUGUCCUAUUAAGGGAGGUCUGUAGUCCUUGAAGAAUAAGGGGUGACCUUAUUCAAAUCUAGAUGAUUCCAAAGGGGUCUGACAGGGUUGAUGCUUUCACUAGUGGGAGAGUCAGGAACAAGAGGACAUGAUUACAAGAUAAAAGGCCGUACACAUAGUUGUGUAGAAAUUUCUUCUCUCAGAAAUUUCUUCUCCGACCUGAUGGCCUCAACAUCGAUUUCUCUAACUGCCGGUAACCCCACCCCUUCUUUUUCUCCCCCCCUCCUUUGUCUUCCCUUAUUCCUGUGGCUCCCUUCCCCCCACCUUGAUGACCUGCUCAUCUCCUCUCCUCCCCUCCCCCAUCCUUUAUUCCAUGAUCCACUGCCCUGUCCGACCGGAUUCCUUCUUCUUCAGCCCUUUGCCUCUUCUACCUGUCACCUCUCAGUUUAUUACAUCUUCUCCCCCCUCCUCCACCCACUACCUUCCCCCUCUCACCUGGACUCACCUAUCACCUGGACUCACCUAUCCCCUACCUACGUCUGCUCCUCCCCCUCUCCCCACCUUAUUCUGGCUUCUGCCCUCCUCCUUUCCAGUCCUGAUGAAGGGUCUUGGCCCGAAACGUCAACUGUUUAUUUCCCUCCAUGGAUGCUGCCUGACCUGCUGAGUUCCUCCAGCACUUUCUGUGUCUUGCUCCAGAUUCCAGCAUCUGCAGAAUUUCUUGUGCCUUCUCUCAGAAUCUGGAACUCUCUGCCCCAGAGGGUGGGGGAGGCCAGAUCAUUGGAUAUAUUUAAGGCGGAGAUCGAUAACUAUUUGAAAGAUCGAGGAAUUGGGGGUCAUGGGGAACCGGCGCAGAGGAGGAGUUGAGGCCAGUGUAUAUCAGCCAUGUUCAUGCUGAAUGGUAAGGCAGGUUUGAGGGGUCUGGUGUCCUACUCCUGCUCCCAUUUUCCUGUGCUCUUGUGUUCUGAAGUGCCUGGAAGAAACCACAGCAAUUAAUAUGCGAUAAUGAGCUGGUCAGUGGGAUGAUAAUGGGUGUGUACAGGACUGGGAGAAUCCUUGUAAUGAGGAGAGAGUGGAUCGGCUUCUUUGGAAUGGAGGCUAAGGUGAGGUCUAACUAAGGUGUACACUAUGAUAAACAGCCUAGACAGAGUAAGCAGGGAGGAUCUAUGACCUUUAGCGGAAAGUUUCAAAACUGGGGGCAUUUAAGGAUUAGUUGAGGAAUUUUAUCCAGAGGGUGGUGGGGAUCUGGAUAAAAUUCCUGACUAUCUAAAGGGGUGGUGGAAGCAGAAACCCUCAUCACAUUUAAAAAGUGCAUGCACGAACAUUCGAUGUGCCUCAAAUCCACAGACCAAGAGGUUGAGAGGUAUGAUUAGGUCGGACCAAUUCUAGUUUGGUUAGAACCUACAUCGAUGAAAUAACACUUUAUCAUUCUUUGAUGCUUUUUUUGGCAGUUUUGGCUGAGGAACUGGACACAAGGAAAACUCCCUCAAGCCUCCUUGGGAAAAAAAACCUCAAAUUCUUUUCAUCCAUGAGCAAUUAGAUGGGGCAAGGAACAAGAAAGGCCAUUCAGCCCCUCCAGCCUAUCCUACCAUUUCAUUGGGUUCUCAACUCCAUCAACCCACCUCGGCACUAAACCUGAUCUCCCAAAAUCUACCAAUCCCAGAUUUGAAGUUUCCAAUUGAUUCCCAGCAUCUGCAACUUUCCAAGAAGAUGUCUUGUACUUCUAUAGCACAUUUCAAUGCAUCACAAAAGCGCAUUGCACUCAAUGAAGCACUUCUGAAAAGUAAUGCAGAAAACUAAUGACAGCCAACAUGUGCACAGGGUGCAGGGGAGAUCUACCAGGAUGUUGCCUGGAUUGGAGAGCAUAUUUUAUAGGUUGAGCGAGCUAGGGCUUUUCUCUUUGGAGAGAAGGAGAAUGAGAGGUGACUUGAUAGAGGUGUACAAGAUGAUAAGAGGCAUAGAUCAAGUGGACAGUCAGAGACUUUUCCCAGGGUGACAAUGGCUAACACGAGGGGGCAUAAUUUUAAGGUGAUUGGAAGAAGGUAUAAGGGGGGUGUCAGGGGUAAGUUUUUUACACAGAGAGUGGUGGGUGCGUGGAAUGCACUGCCCGCAGGGGUUGUGGGGGCAGAUGCAUUGGGGACAUUUAAGAGACUUUUAGAUAGAUACAUGAAUGAUAGAGAAAUGGGGGGCUAUGUGGGAGGGAAGGGUUAGAUAGAUCUUAGAGCAGGAUAAAAUGUCGGCACAACAUUGUGGGCCGAAAGGCUUGUACUGUGCUGUAAUGUUCUAUAUUCUAUGUUCACAGCAAGUUCCCAUAAAUGACAAAGUAAUAACGACACUGCCCUGCCUCAGCUCAGCUGCUGUUGAAACCCUCACCUAUGCCUUUCCAACCCCCAGACCAGCCUCCUUCAAUCUACCCUGCCAAUACUCCACUGUCCCUGUCCUAAUUCGCACUGAAUCCUCUCCUGCCACCUCCUUAUGUUGGCUCCUGGUCAAUCAAGGUUUGAUUGUACAACCUUCACCCUUGUUGUCAAAAACUGUCACAGCCAUUUCUGCAACCUCCUCCAACUCCCCCAAGAUCUCUGACCUCUUGAUCAUCACUGAUCUUCAAUGCUCCAUGGUAGGUGUGCCUUAAGCUGCCUGGGCCCUAAACUCCCUGAACCUCUUCCCCACUCAUCUCCCUUAGAUACUUUGUAUUGCCAAACUCACAGACUAACUCUUUGGAUAAUCUACCCAAAAUCUCACAUGGUUCGUAUUGUUUGAGGACAGUCUGGAAACUCCUUGAGAUGCUCUGUUGAGUCAGAGCCAUUUUAUGAAUUGAAUUUGUUGUUGUUGUUUGGGAUCAAGAUGGGGGGGAACUUUCUUCUCCGAGUGUUGGGAAUCUUUGGAACUUGCUACCCCAGAGACUGUGGAUGUUGAGUCAUUUUCAUUGAAAUCAGCAAUUUUUCGGGAAAUUAACAUAGAUGGGGAUAAAGUGGGUGGUAAAGUGGAGCUGAGGGGCAGGAUACACUGAGCAGACCUUGGCCCCUUUCUUAUGAUUAAGCCUGGUGUAGGAAGUGGUAAAUGGGCCCAGUGUUCCCCCAGAUUGAUCCCACUCUUGGAAAAUAUAUUCCCCAAGUCAACUGAAUGUUCCUCUGCUUAUUCUCAUAACUAAUCAAAGACCCCUAAAGCAAAAACUUUGGAUCAAUAACUGACCUUUAAUGACCAUGUGAUUUCCAAACUGCUUUGCAACCAAUUCAGUGCUUUUGCAUUCUUGUGAAUGUAGGAAAUCUGAUAGCUAUUUUUGGUUUUACAUGGCAAGAUCCCACAGAAAACAAUGAGCCAAUCUGUGUGACAAAGACGGGUGCAGGCGGGGCUAGAAAUUGGACCAGGACACAGGGAGAACCUCACUGCUCAAUAGUAAGUCAAGCUGAGUUCAUUGUCAUGUGCACAAGUGCAGUGAGGUACAGGUACAGAUGCAGCAGCUUCACAGUAGGUUCAGGCAAUGCACAGAACAUAAAGAGGGUGAAGAGAAUAGGAGUGAACACUGGUACCCCACUUAGGGUAACCCCUGCAAUACUGAUUCCUCUCAACGAUCUUGCUUUUGGAAGCUGACUGUGUACAGGUCAAACACGUACGGGUACGUACGCCCCUGUACUUUAAAAAAGACACCUACUUGGCUGGAGUUCUGCUGUGCUGGGACAUCUGCCGUGCUGGGACGUCUGCCGUGCUGGGACGUCUGCUCCUCCAGCAAUGGAAUGGUGAUGUCAUCAUCACACGACUCGCUGUGGCGUGAACCAUGCAGUCAAUGCGCAGGGAGCUGGCGUUGGACAGGCUGGGACAAGCUGUGUGACCGGUCGGCACCGGGACGUGGCAACCAACUCAAUAGCAGCCGCUGGCCAUUGAGAUCAUUGCCAUGGAGAUCAUUGCCAUGGAGAUAUCUCCAGGCUGGGCAGGGUUGUGCAAGUCAGGCAUAGAAAGUGGGGAGGCAGCUGCUUCCAUCACACCCCACAGGAGAUGCAGAGGGAGACUGUCAAAUCCGGUCAUCCAUCAACAGACGGAGUGGGUGGCAAUUAGUAAUUGGUUUAUUAUUAUCACAUGUACUGAGAUACAGUGAAAAGCUGUUGUUUGCAUGUCAUCCAGACAGAUCAUUCCAUGAACAAGUACAUUGAAGUAAUACAAAAAGAAAAACUAUGCAGAAUGUAGUGUUACAGUUACAGAGAAAAUGCAGUGCAUGUAAACAAAUAAACUGCAAGGGCACUGAUGAGGUAGAUUGAGAGGUCAUCUUUUUUGUGUAAGAUGUCCGUUCAAGAGUCUCAUAACAGCAGGAUAGAAGCUGUCCUUGAGCUUGGUGAUACGUGUUCUCAAACUUUUGUAUCUUCUGCCUGAUGGGAGGGGGGGAGAAUGAUCAGGGUGGGAGGGGGUCCUUGAUUAUGUUGGCUGCUUUCCCGAGGCAGUGGGAAGUGUGGACAGAGUCCACGGAGGGGAGGUUGGUUUGCGUGAUUGACUGGGCUGUGUUCACAACUCUCUGCAAUUUCUUGCGGUCUCGGACAGAGCAGUUGCUGUACCAAGGUGUGAUGCAUCUGGAUAGGAUGCUUUCUGAGGCGCAUCUGUAGAAAUCAGUGAGGAUCAAUGGGGAUGUGCUGAAUUUCCUUAGCCUUCUGAGAAGGUAGAGGUGCUGGUGAGUUUUCUUGGCCACAGACAAGGACCAGGACAAAUUGUGGUGAUACAUCUAGGAACUUAAAGCUCUGUACCAUCUCCACCUCAGCACUGUCGAUACAAACAGGGGGCUACCAGUGCCCAGCAAUGACCCACACCCACAGCUGACCAGGGUGUAGCCCUGAGCCACACCCCUCAGUGCUGGGUAGCUGCAUUGCUCAACCCAACCAGUCCAACAGUUGCCCCCACAGGUAGCCUCCACACCAUGCCUUUCUGAAUGAGAUCGCUUUAAUCAUUUC